GAAUUUACGUAGCUGACUGGUUGAAGUGAUUUUAUUCAGUUUUGUAUGUGGAUAUCAUUGGAAUUUCGGGUUUGAAGUCUUUCUGUGUAUCCUGUACAACGACACUCAACAAAAGAUUGUAUUUUGUUGUGGUUAUAAAUCGGAUUUAUUACUUUUAUUUUGUCGAGGCUGUAAACGUUGAAAUUAGUUGGACAGUUCUAUAGUUUGUUAUUGUCGAACAGCUGACAUGCAAAACAACAGUGUUAGUGGUUGGUAGUAUAGUUUUCAGAAGCUUUAACAGGGAAAAAUGAACUGGCUUUUUACCACGCCUAAGAGCUCUGGGCCGUUACCUCCUCUGAAUAGUUUACAGCAGCAGAGGCAACGGCAAAUUGAGUCCCUGAAGACCACACACUCCAAUAUUGCUGAAAUACAGAAGGAUGUGGAAUACAGACUGCCCUUCACUGUCAACAACACAACAAUCAAUAUCAACAUCUUCCUUCCUCCUCAGUUUCCCCAAGAGAAGCCUGUGGUCACAGUUUAUCCACCAAUAAUCCACCAUUUAGUAGAUAAGCAUAAUGGAGUCGUAAUAACAAGUCCUUUGUUGGCCAAUUUUACAAUGCACUCUGACCUUGGCAAAAUUAUUCAAAGCUUUGUGGAUGAUUUUUGGAAGAAUUCUCCUGUCCUGCCACCCAGUAAUACAUUUUCCUAUCUUUAUAGUAAUCCUUCAGGAAUUCCUCCAUAUCCUUCUCAAGGUUUCCCGUUUAUUCCUCCUUACACUGCUCUUGAAACAAGGUCUGCUACUGAUUCUGUACAGUCUGCAACAUUUAGUGCUUCCAGACCAGCGUGUGCCACAGGUUUGAUUUCUGACUUGUCUGUACCUGUUACUGCAUCUGAAUCUCCACUGCAGGUAGGCCAAAAUGGGUGCAGCAACAAGAUGCCUGAUGUUCCUGAAGCAUUUCCUGAGCUCUCAGAUCUAAGUGUAUCUGACUUGCAAGAUCUGGUGGACCAAAAUGACUUGUUCAAAUAUUCUCUUCAAAUUCCUCAGCUAAAUCAGUUUGCCACAGACAAAGAUGACCUUUUGAAUAGUAUCGAGGAGUUGGCAAAAAAAAAUCUGCAGCUGGAACCCAGUCUAGAAGCAAAAAGAGAAGAGAUACUUGAAAAAUAUGAGCAGCUGACACAGAUGAAAAGUCUAAUUGAACAGAAGAUGCAGAGACAGCAUGAACUUGAUGAGAGCUGUUGUUUGAGUGCCCUGCAGGCCAGGCUGAAAGUAGCAGCUCAUGAAGCAGAGGAAGAGUCCGAUAUGAUUGCAGAAAGUUUCCUAGAUGGAAAGCGUGAAAUAGAUGAAUUUCUCAGCAGCUUUAUGGAGAAAAGAAUGAUCUGCCACAGUAGAAGAGCCAAAGAGGAGAAAUUGCAGCAAGUAAUAUCAAAACAUAGUCAGUUUCAUACCACACUAUAGAACAGCAAAAGAAUCUGUUUCGUGCUCCAAGAAGCGCAAAGUGCAUAGGAUGGCCAUUCUCCAGAACAUAAAUUUGUUGUAUAGCAAAUGUAAAUGAUUAGAUUGCCAUUAAGAAUUGCACUGUUUGCACAAAUUAUUUCUUUGUAUUAUAUACAUGUACAUUUAUUUAAAAAAAUCAUUGUUGCACUGAAUAUUGUGGGCAGUUUUUGAUAACAGAUAUUUUUGUUGUAACAUUGAGCUGACACUGACUAGAGAUUAAAUAGUUAUUUGAUUUUUUUUUUUA